UUGAGUGUGGAUGUGUCGUGACCGAAAAGGGAGUGGUUUACGCGUUUCGUCCUGCAGACGUCGCUUGCGAUGCGACACUUAUCCAGCGCAAUCGACCACCAAGCGGCGUAGGUUCAUCGAUUUGAGAUUAUCAAAGAGUAUGUUCGCAGUUGCGAGUAUGCCGAUCAGUGUAUAUCAUAGCGACCACAAAGCCAUUGCGACCGUCGAUACUAAGUGAGAAUGAGCGAUGCAAUAAAGUCUUUACCACAAGUUUUCUCACGACUACGUUUGCAGCUGCGUUGGUCAUCCAGCUUCGCAGGGCGGAAUGGCCUUGAUUUUUUUUCAGAACGUCGACAACAGCCCGGGGUGCAUAGUGAAACAUUAUGAAUAGUUAUUUUACCGUUGCAAGUGACAUAUUUAGCAUUAAUAGGUUUGUGAGAACUACAUUCGCAUCUAAGGUUUUUAAUCCGAUGUAUUUCCUCUUGGAGCUAAAUAACAAGCGCGCACUGCAACAUGAUUGCACUAGAGCACGCGCACAUUACAUCAGCGCAUUCGUAUAGGCGUUGAAGGUCCCAGCGCCGACCACCAAGCACAGACCGCCAAAACUGGCGAAUGAGUGAAAGAAAUAUAUUUGCUUUGAAACAAAAGAGGCAAAGAAGGUUAAUGCUAAUAUUGUUUCAUAUAGUUACAGCGAAUUGUGAUCCUUCUAUACUGACGUGAAGCUAGAGAUGUCCUGCGUUGUCGUAAUAAGUUUCGCGCUUUCGAAAAGAAAAAAAAACAAGAAUUUUCUCAUGGAGCACUUAACGGUGGAUUCUUCUUAUCAUCAACAAGCGCACACCAAGCACAUGAUAGUUUAUUGAGCUUAGGGUGUACGCUUGGUAGUGCUUGUUGCGAAGGGUCUCAUGCACAUGAGCGUUUCUAUUUCUAUAGGUGAAAAUCCGCGAAAUGAUCCUGUCAAGCCAGGAUGUUUUCGAAGCAUUUACAAAGAUCGCGCCGGAGGGAGAAGUGGAACGAGCAGCCAGAACCUGCAACAGUUGGGUGGUGACAUUGUUGAAAGAACUGAAGAUACAUGUGCCCUUUGAGGUACAGUGCAUUGCUGGUCUGCACUUCAAAGCCAUGAAUGCGGCUAUGUCGGAGGAGUUUCUUAAAGAAGUGAUUAAGGAUCUGCGCUUCGUAUUCAAGGACAAUGGCAUAAACGCAGAGCCACGAAAGCCUUGUGCCACCGAUGUACAGAGCGAAAGCAGCGAGGAAACAAUUAAAGGAGUGGCCACCAUUUCCAAAGGAAAGAGCACCACCCAGUGCCGGAACGAGCGCUGUGACUGAUUGGAGCUGACCGCCUUGCCGCGCGAGAACCAAGAUCUACGUGUCCGGCCCUGCUGAGGUCUCCAGACCACCAACGCUACUUCACAGUUUGCUUUCUCAUCUUGAGGUAGCAUUCCAUGAACAGCAUGUGGCAUGUAUAUGCCGUGCUGCAUACAGUCGUGCAACGAAGGCAUAAGGCGUUCUGAUAAACUGAACCGAAUAAAACUAAU